AUGAAGAAACAACAUCAUGCCUACACACUGAAAUGUGAUGAUCAGUACCAUCGGUUGGAUAUCAAUAUUGUCCUAUCCCAUAAAUUUUUGGAGGAGUUUAAACAAUCAUGUCUCGGGCAUCCGUUAAAGCACGAAUUUUGUAUUGAAGAGGACAAAUUCUUAUUAUUUAUUGAGCAUAGAGGAAAGAUCAAUGAUGACGAAGAGAAAAAGAGUACACCAUCGGAACUUGUACAAGAGUAUAGAGAGGAGAGAAAGAAGAAUGCACAAGUGUUUAACAAACCCGAUGUAGAUGGGACUCUCUUGAAAGAGCGACUAAAUAAUUUAAAAGAAAUGGGAUUAAGAUAUCAAAUUUUGUAUGCUCAAGUCAACGAAGAAAUUGAAAAGAUUAAAGAGGAAUUGGAGAAGGAAAAAACUGAGGAAGAAAAGCUGUUAAAGCUGAAAAAACAACGAGAAAAGAAAACAACAAACACAUCAAAAUCUAUCAACCGAGCUCAGUCUAGUGCAUAUGUUGAUCCUUCUCUGAAACACACUAGUGUUCGAGUAGAUAUUACGUUGAGCGGAAAAAACUUUGGUCCCACCACACUUAGGAGUCGUGAAAAAUAUCUUGUAGAGACGUCACCAGUCAUUAAGAAAAUGUUGGAAGAUCCCUCUACCAAAAUCUCCUCAGAUGAAAAUGACGAAAAAUUCAAACAACUUUCUUUCAGCGAGAAUGACAAACAAUACAAGGAUUUAAAACUAUAUGAUUGUUUUCAUCCUGAAACUUUUAAAAAAUUCCUUCUAUUUGCUGAAAACCCCAAUCUAAAACAAAAGUACAAUUUAAUUUUGGAUAAACAGGAGGAAGUGAACGCAGAAAAUGAAAAUAAUAUCAACGAUGCGGUCAAAAAGUUAAUUGAGAUUAAGUUAAAACAUAUGAAAAGAUUUGAAGAUAAUAUUAGGAGAUAUAAAACUGAGCUGGAACAGACCAUGGAGAAAUGUAAAGAAUUUGAUAUGGAAAAAUUACGUUUGCUUUAUGAAGUUCAUAAGUACAAUGAGUUGGACAAAGUAGACAAACUUUUUGAAGCAAGAAAGAAUGAAGUUGACCUCUUUUUUGAUGAAGAAAUCCGAAAAACAAAAGAACUCUUCGCAAAACAACAAACCACUCGAAGAAACCAAAUUUCUGGUGAUCUAGUGAAAUAUGAAAAAUUAUUGAAUGAAAUAUUUCCCAAAGAGACCCUUGUUCCUUUGCUAAUUUUGGCUGACCUUCUCCAAUCAACAGAAUUGAAGAACUCUUGCAUCAAAGCCAUCACUGAGAAUUUCGAAGUCCAUUUAUACCAUGAAGCUCUAGGAGCCAGAAUGAUGACGGAAAUCAUGGCAGAAAUUCUUGCUCAGCUUCCGGUUCAAAAACUAAAGGACCUGAAAAACAGUUAUGGAUUUCAUUUCCCAAGAGCAAUGGUUGAAAAAGAAAUUGAAUACAGGAAAGGAAUGUUGGCAGAUGAGUUUAGAGACAAAUCUGUGGAGGAAUUGAUGGAGCUCAUGAAAAAAGGUUGUGUUUUUCCUGAUGUGUUGGAAUCAGAAAUUGAAAAGAGAAAAAAUAAGAAACCUUAUGUCUCUCUUAACACGGAAAAGUGCUCUCCUUUCUUAACUAUUGACGAGGAUUUUGUAACAGUUCACUUGAAAGGGCAAAAACGAUACUCGACUGUACAAGCUACUCAUUCCUUAAAUUACAAAGGAUGGGCCAAAUGGUAUUUUGAAGUAUUGAUCGAACAGUUUGAUGAAUCCUUUGGAUCAAGCAUUAGUAUUGGUUGGGAUGUAGAUCGAUCAAAUUGUGACGGACCCAUUAUUGGAUUGACGCCUGGCCAUCGAAAUCAAUUUGGAUACAGCUGGCAGUCUGAUGGAUUGCUUCAUUAUUAUGGAAAAGGAAUGUUUGUUGGAACAAAAUUUGGAGCAGGUGAUGUGAUUGGAUGUGGAAUGAAUCAAACAAAAAAGAAGCUCACAUUUUACAAGAAUGGAGAAAAAAUUAUUCUCAUCAAAAAAGAAUCUAAUCGAAGAAUUCAAGAAAUCAAGUCAAUAGCAAUACAAGACGAACUCUAUGAGCUAUUUCCAGCUGCAUGCCUUUAUUCAACCAAGAAAAACUCUGAUUGCACCAUUAGAUUCAAUUUCUGUGGACCAUUUGUUAAUCAACCAAAACACUAUGAGCCCUAUGGAGAUCAAAGACAAAUUUUGAAGCAGCAAAAGCAAAUUAAAGAGUUGGAGUGA